GAAUUAGGGUUUUCUAGUCUCAGGAGGAGGAAGAAGAGGAGCAGCAGCAAACAUGGUUCUCAAGACGGAGCUUUGUCGUUUCAGUGGCCACAAAAUUUACCCAGGAAGAGGAAUCAGAUUUAUCCGAUCUGACUCUCAGGUGUUCCUGUUCAUCAACUCCAAGUGUAAGCAUUACUUCCACAAUAAACUGAAGCCUUCCAAGCUUUGCUGGACUACCAUGUACAGAAAGCAGCACAAGAAGGAUGCAGCACAAGAGGCUGUGAAGAAGAGGAGACGUGCUACCAAGAAGCCGUACUCAAGGUCUAUUGUUGGUGCUACCUUGGAAGUUAUUCAGAAGAAGAGAGCUGAGAAGCCUGAAGUUCGUGAUGCUGCAAGAGAGGCUGCUCUUCGUGACAUCAAGGAGAGGAUUAAGAAGACUAAAGAUGAGAAGAAGGCAAAGAAGGCUGAAUUUGCUUCAAAGCAACAGAAGAUUCAGGCAAAGAUCCCCAAGGCUGCUGCCAAGGGAGGUCCUAAGUUGGGAGGUGGUGGUGGCAAACGUUGAAGAGCCUUACCUAAAAACCAUUCCUCUCUCACUCUCUGUUUUCUGCUAGUGUGCUACUUUGUUUUUAGUUCAUGUUGAUUUCAGAAUAUUCAGCGGAACCUAAACCUUUUGUUAUUGACUUUUAUGCAACUCUUAUAAUCUCAGACUUGAGAAUUUUGUUUCCUAUC